AUGUUAACUUCGAAGUUGGAGGUCUUGGUUGAAUUUGGUCCAAAAAUAGAUCAGCAACUUUUAGAUAAAACUCUAAAUGAGCUCAAAUCAUAUGAUGGUGUAACAGAGGCAAUUUUUAAAGAUGGAGCGAUAAUGGUGGAAACAACCCUACCUAGUACGGUUGUAGUGGACUUAGUGACUCGGACAUCUGGCAAAAGAGCGGUAUUGCAAGGGUUUGGAGAUAUGCAGUCAGCAGUAUCAAUGGUGUCAAGCCAGUCCUGCUGCAAGGGAGGGGUUAUGGGGGUGAUAAGAUUUCAGCAGAGUCCGGAGGGUCCUCUAGUAGCAGAUGGCUGUAUCGACGGGCUGACCCCAGGUCUCCAUGGGUUGCAUGUCCAUGAAGCGGGGGACCUAAGUCAGGGCUGCAAGUCCAUCGGCGGCCAUUAUAACCCCUCUGGAUCACGGCCCUUCCCAGAGGAGAGGCGGCACGCUGGGGACCUGGGCAACGUGGUGGCAGACGAGAGUGGCAGAGCCACCUUCAGGAUCGUGGACGAGGUCCUAAAGGUGUGGGACAUAAUAGGCAGGUCUGUCGCCGUAACGGGGGGCUGUGACGACCUUGGCAAGGGGUCUGUGGCCGCUUCCAAGGUCAAUUGCGACAGCGGACCACCUGUGGCGUGUGGCAUUAUAGCGCGCUCCGCUGGGGUCUUCCAGAAUCCGAAGCGCAUAUGCGCUUGCGAUGGGGUGGUUGUAUGGGACGAGAGGGACCGCCCCUUAGCGGGUAGGGGGCGGAGGGAGAAGGAAUGCUGUCAGAAAGAGAAGGAAAACGGGAUUAAACGCUGCUGUAAAGUG